GGGGUUGACCUGGGACUUCCCCUCUCCCCUUCUCUUCAAAACCUUCUUACUCUUGGCCAUUUCUGCUCAGUCCUCUGCCUUUGCUUCAGAGGCCACCAUGGAGAUCCCUUGGAUGAGUCAAUUCCCACUGUUCCUGCUGGUGGUUUGGGGAUUUGGGGGUCUGGAAGCUCCUGCAGAGGCACAGGACGUUCACUGCUACGAAGCUUUUGAUGAAGCCACAGGCUCUUGCCGCAGUCUCCUUGGUACCGGAGUAGCCACACAAGACUGCUGCCUGAAUCGUGCAUAUGGAUUCCAGGCGGGAGAAGGUGCACCUUGCCGGGCUUGUCGCUCAGCACAUUGGAGUGAAUGGUCUCCUUGGGGGCCCUGUUCUGUGUCCUGCAUGGAGGGGAUCCAGCGGCGCAAACGGACCUGCCACGGAUGGAACAAAGGCACCUGUACGGAGGGCUCACACGAGUGGGAAGCACGUUCAUGCACCCCACGGGAGUGUUGUCCCGUGGAUGGAGGCUGGACAUCAUGGAGUGCUUGGAGUCCUUGCUCCGUGACUUGCCUCAGAGGGUUUGAGACCAGGCAGCGGACCUGCACUAAUCCAGCCCCAGUGUGUGGGGGCACCUGUCCAGGGAACAAGGAGGAAAGGCGGCCCUGUGACACCCGCCAAAUCUGCCCAACUCAUGGAAACUGGGGCAGCUGGGGAAACUGGGAGGCAUGCCAAGCCACCUGCGCCCAAGAAGGUUCAAGCCAAAAGCCCCAGCAACAACGACGGCGUCUAUGCAACAACCCUUUCCCUUCCACAAUGCCACCUGGCAACCCAUGCCCAGGAAGUGACCAAGACCAACAGGACUGUGUGGGACUUCCCUUCUGUCCACGGGAUGGCAACUGGGGGGCUUGGCAACCUUCCAGUCCCUGCUCAGUGACUUGCGGGAUUGGUCGAGUGGUGGAGAACCGUCAGUGCAACAACCCUGCACCAAAGUACGGAGGAAGGAACUGCCCUGGUCAAGACACCCGCAAUCACAUCUGCAACACAGGAGUGCCCUGUCCUGUGGAUGGGCAAUGGACAGAGUGGAGCGAAUGGUCCAAAUGUGAACGGCUUGGGGCAACUUUCAAGAUCAAUUGUGAAGAUAUCGAUGGAACCCAGUCACGGACCCGAGUAUGCUCUGGAAGAGCACAUGAUGGCAAACGCUGUGUAGGAGAUCGGAUUGACAUGAGAUCCUGCUAUGAUAUCGACCGUUGCCUCAUGAAUGGAGCGUGGUCAGACUGGAGUUCCUGGGGCCUCUGUGAACCUGCAUGUGGGCCGAACCCUUUGAGAACCCGUGUGAGGGAGUGCAAGCCCAUCUAUGGUGAAAAAUAUCCAGAACAAGUGGAAGGCCAGAAUGGACAGAUGCAAGAUGUGAACUUUUGGGGGAAACCAUUCGCCAAGUGCGACCUCCUGGAUGGGCAGAGGCUGAAGGUGGAACAGAAAAUUCCCUGUCAAAAUGUGCCACAUUGUUAAGACUGAUUUUGUGGAAGCAAACGGAAUGAAUUCCAACUCUGGAUACCACCACAGAUUGGGACAUGGGAAGCUGAAGACUACAUUAACCUCAAGAACUUUUCUGAAUCUCCUGGACCGACCACCACUUCUUUCCUUUCUUCCCUCACCCCAAACCUUGAGAAUAACCAGUUCAAAGUUAUGUUUUUCUUUUCUUCCUUGGUUUCUAUACAAACUAUCAUGAAUUUGCAAACUUUUAACAUUCUUUAUAGCCUAUUUUCUUACUUCUAGAAUUUGUUGUAUUAUUGUUGAUUGUUAUUUUUGAAAAAUAAAAAAUGUAUAGUAUAUCAA